GCAGUGAUCAGUUGACAAAACAUGGCUCCGCAAUGGUACUUCACUGCGGAAGCUUUGGCGAAUUCUCCGAGCCGGAAGUGUGGUAUAGAUGCAGAUAAGGAGCGUCUCUAUCGUCAGCAGACGACUUACUUCAUCCAGGAGAUGGGAAAUUCCCUGAGAGUAUCUGAGCUGUGCAGAAACACCGCCAUUGUGUAUAUGCAUCGCUUCUACGCCUUUCAUUCCUUUACACUCUUCAAUCGGCACAGAAUAGCCGCGGCGAGCCUCUUUCUUGCGGCAAAGGUGGAGGAGCAGCCGCGGAAGGUUGAACAUGUCAUUUGUGCAGCUCUCAGGUGUCUCAACGUGCCGCCCAAUCGGUUCGGGGAGUUCUUCGCUGAGCAGGUGCGGGACAUGCUGUACAACGAGCACAUCCUUCUCCAGACACUCGGCUUUGAUCUGCUCAUUGAUCAUCCGCAUUCGCACAUCGUGAAGGCGUGUCAACUCGUGAGAGCGUGCAGAGAUCUGACCAAGAAUUCCUACUUCAUAGCGUCCACCAGUCUGCAUCUCACAACGAUGUGUCUCCGGUACAGGCCGACGGUUGUGGCGUGCUUCUGCAUCCAUCUGGCUUGUCGCUGGUCCAAUUGGGAGAUUCCGCACUCGUCCAAGGGGCUGCUGUGGUAUCAGCAUGUGGACGAGUCAGUGACGGAGGAGUUGCUGGUGCAACUAACCGAGGAAUUCCUGCUCAUCUACGACAAGAUCCCGUCGAAUGGACUAAAGAUGCACUGUUCCACUCAGGCAGUGGAUCACAAUCCAAGGCAGCCGGACAAGGAUCGACCCCUGUUUCCGCACCAUCAACAGAGGAUGGAGCCUUUCCCGUCAUCCUCAAAGUCCUGCUUUGGCGAUGCCAGAUGGACACAUCCGAGCUCAUACAACUCACGCGGAUAUCAGUGUGUUGAGAAGACACUGCAGAAGACUACCUGCACUCCUGGCGCUCCUGGCCAGCGUGAGAAGAAAGUGGCUACUGUGAAGCCCAUGACGUCGUGCACAGCGAUCAGCGGUGUGAAGCGCUCCUUUAACGAGAUGACUCGCCAGGAGAGGGACACUGGCACCCGGGAGGCGAAGAUGCAGCGCUCUGAGAUGGAGAACGACGCACGAGCAUCAAUGAAUUUUCUGAAUCUGGGCGAGAAAUCCACUGCGAUUCCGCCUUCGCUGGCUAACAGCAUCGAGACGAAUCCUUAUCUGGUGAGUUGUCUGCUCAAGGAGAGUCUCAGCGAGAGCAGUUGCGAGACUCAACAGCCGGCGAUUGUUGUGAAUUCUAAGCCUGGGACGGCCCAGGAGGUCGUCACAGGUCCGGUGCAGCACAAGAGCAAGGCGGAGAAGAAGAAGAAAAAGGACAAGCGCAAGCACAAGGAGAAGAAAAAGAACAAGAGCAAGGAUCGCGAGGAGAGGAAGAAGCACAAGAAGGAGAAGAAGGAGCGGAAGAGAGGCGCAGACUUUGGAGUGAAGCUUAAGAUCCCAAUAGACAGACUCCGGAUGGAUCGACUGUGAUUGAAGAUCAAGUGAUUUUUCUUUGCCUUUAUUCCUCAUCUGGAAUACUUUGGAAUUGACUACCAAAUAAUUCUCUUACAUAAUAUUGUAUGUAAGAAUUCUGUUUAAUUUUCCACACAAUUGUGCCUGAAAUAA